AUGUCCAGGAGAAAUGUGGAGGACCAGGCCCGUGGAGCGGAAGAGGACCUGGAGACUGUGGCGGAGCUGGCUGUGGAGGCGACCAGAUGGAUAGCUAGAAACUGCCGCCCAGUUAACACGGUAGAUGACGAGGGACUACGAGAAGUAAUUCAAAUUGCAUCGGGAGACACUUCUUACAAUCUACCAUCUAGAAGAACGAUUGUGUCGAGAAUACACAAUUUGUAUGACAGCGAGAGGGCACGGAGGAUGGACAUGCUUGAGAACGCAACGAACGUCGCCCUCACAGGAGAUCACUGGACGUCUGUGAGCAAUGACAACUACUUAGGCGUCACAGCACACUUUAUAGAUGAGGAGUGGAGUUUCCGUUCAUUUGCCCUUACUGUGAGUCAAACCACCGAGCGCCACUUUGCGGAGGCAUGCGCUGAUCAUUUUUUGGAAGUUGCCAAAUAUUGGAAUGUGGAGAAUAAGUUAACAACACUUGGGACUGACAGUGCUCGGAACAUGACAGCAGCUGCGAGACUACUACCAUUUGAACACCUGCCCUGUACAGCCCACUGCGUUCAAAGAACUGUAACUGUUUCUCUUCACGACUGUGGAUUAGAUGGUAUUUUGGCCAAAUGUCGCAAAAUUGUGGGGCACUUUAAGCACAGUCCAUCAAAUGCUCAGGAAUUAGGAGAACAGCAAGUUGCACUUGGACAGAAGCAAGAACCGCUUGUACAGGACGUCCCAACCAGGUGGAAUUCUACCUUAGAGAUGGUCAGGCGGAUCCUGCGAAACAGAUUGCCACUGUCCACUACUCUGUCUCAGCAGAACAGCAAAAUUGCCAUGUUGACAUCACAGGAGCUUGCUAAACUGGAAAAGGUUGAAGAACUACUUGAACCUUGCAGAAAUGUGACUGAACUCCUAGGGGGCGAGCAGUACAUUUCUUGUUCAGUGGUGUUACCAGCAUUUUGCCACUUGUUCCGGGUUAUGGAGCCAUCAGAUGAUGAUCCAGUCUAUGUGGUGAGGUUCAAGAAGGUGUUUACCACAGACCUAGCUAAAAGGAAGGAAAGCACCAACCUCAAAUGGCUGAAGAUCGCUACUGCUCUCGACCCCAGGUUUAAAGAUUUGAAGUGUCUUCCUAAAGACGAAAGGCAUGAGGUGUGGACCUCAAUAAGCAGCCUGGUAAAGGAGGAGAGGCUGGCACAACAACCGUCAACAGAGACAACAGGAAAACAGCCAACAAAAAAGACAAGGAUGUCUGAGUUCUUGCUUUGUUCAUCUGAUUCAGAUUCAGAUGAUGAAGAUUCUAUAGACAAAUGUCUGAAACGCUACAAAUCAGAGCCCAAAAUCAACAUGGACCAGUGUCCACUGCAGUGGUGGUCAUCAAGAGAAGGAGCACAUGUUCUAAUGGCACGCAUAGCACGCAAAUACCUGUCCACACCUGCAACCACAGUGCCCUGUGAGAGGUUGUUCUCACUCUCAGGCCACAUUGUCCAAAAGAAGAGAGCUUCCUUGUCUCCUGAUAAUGUAAACAAACUGGUCUGUCUUAGUUGCUGGCUCAAUGCAAAAGAGUAG